AUGGACGACUCCGCCAAUAAAUAUAUCCCCGAGUACCGUCGGACCAACUUCAAGAAUAAAGGACGUUUCCAGAGCGAUGAGUUGAGAAGACGGAGAGAGACCCACCAGGUGGACUUGAGAAAGCAAAAGAGGGAGGAAGUUUUGGCAAAGAGAAGAAACUACGUCGACAACGGCGCGUUGGCAAACGACUCCGAAGAGGAGGAUGACGCCAUCAACUUUGACUUGACCGCAUCACAGGACGAGCUGCUGUUCUACGGCAAAUUGCAGCAGGAUUUGCCCAAAAUGAUGGAAAUGAUCCAGCUGUCCGAUUUCGAGAACCAGUUGGCUGCUACCGUCAAAUUCAGACAGGUUUUGAGUAGGGAACAUAAUCCACCAAUUGACAUGGUGAUUCAGUCUGGUGUGAUACCUACUUUAGUCGAAUUCAUGAAGGAUGGUCACCCAGACAUGUUGCAACUUGAGGCUGCAUGGGCAUUGACCAACAUUGCCUCUGGAACCCUGGAACAGACAAGAAUCGUGGUGGAUUCCGGUGCUGUGCCUUACUUUGUACAGUUGUUGAACUCUCAGUCUUUAGAAGUCAAGGAGCAAGCCAUUUGGGCCUUGGGUAAUGUGGCUGGUGACUCCACGCUCUACAGAGACUUUGUGUUGAGCACUGGUGCCAUGGAGCCUGUUUUAUCCUUGUUUAACACCACUAAGAUCUCGUUGAUCCGUACUGCUACUUGGACCUUGUCCAACUUGUGCCGAGGCAAGAACCCACAUCCAGACUGGAACUUGGUCCAACAGGCAAUUCCAACAUUGCUGAAGUUGAUCUACUCUGUCGACACCGAGACCUUGGUGGAUGCUCUGUGGGCCGUUUCUUACUUGAGUGACGGACCAUCUGAGGCCAUCCAGGCCGUGAUUGACGCUCGUAUUCCACAGAGAUUGGUUGAGUUGUUGAGCCACGAGUCCACCUUGGUCCAGACUCCUGCUUUGAGAGCCAUUGGUAACAUCGUCACCGGUAAUGACUUGCAAACCCAGGUCAUGAUCAACGUAGGUGUUUUGCAACACUUGGCUCCAUUGUUGACCUCGUCCAAGGAUACACUCAAAAAGGAGGCAUGUUGGACCAUCUCCAAUAUCACAGCUGGUAACAGCGAGCAGAUCCAGGCGGUUAUUGACGCCAACUUGAUCCCUCUCAUCAUUCGCUUGUUGGCAGACGGUGACUACAAGACUAAGAAAGAAGCUUGUUGGGCCAUCUCCAACGCCUCUUCGGGUGGUUUGACCAAGCCUGAACAAAUCCGUUACUUGGUCAACCAGGGAUGUAUCAAGCCAUUGUGUGAUUUGUUGUCUGUGGCUGAUUCCAAGAUUAUUGAGGUGACCUUGGACUCGUUGGUGAACAUCUUGAAGGUGGGUGAGUUGGACAAGGAACAGGGCCACUCCAACAACAACGAAUACGCCAUUUACAUCGAGGAAGCUGGUGGUAUGGAAAAGAUCUUCGAGUGUCAAGCCAACUCGAAUGAGAAUAUUUACAACAAAGCCUACAGCAUUAUCGAGAAGUACUUUGGUGAGGAGGAAGACGACGCAUUCAACGAGAAUGGAUUGCAACCCGAGGCUUACGGAGACUCGUUUGGUUUCGGUGUGCAGAACCAACAGAACUUCCAGUUCUGA